UAUAUUUUUUGAUAUUUCUCUCUGUUGUUAUUAGAAAAUAGUUUUGUUUUGUUCAGAGAAGUUGUGACAAUACAUUGUCACUGGUAUUUUAUUUAUCAAGAGAAUAAAAGUUUGGUCAAUAUUCGAUUCCAUUUAUACUAUCAAUCAAGCUAAUAUGAAUAUAAUAAGUAAUUCCGAUUUAAAUAAGUUGUACCAAAUAGAGGAAACUCUAGAAAAAAGUAUUAAAAGCAUUAUCGGGAAAUUCGAGAGUACGCAAAAUUUUACAGCAGAUAUCAUAGAAAAUUUUAAGCAAAGUAAUGAAUUAAGACAAAAGGAGUUACUGGAGUCAAGAAAGAAAACUAGAGAGACUCUUGAAUUACUAAAAGCUAAACAAGCGUUAUUAAAAAACAAAGAAAUUCAAAAAAUUAACGAUUUUAAUAAAUUCAAAAAUGUAAUGGUACAAAUACAUGAAAAUAUUAUAAAUAUGAAAGAAAAUGCCAAAGAAACGUAUAAUGGCUUAAACGACAUAGCUGAAGAUUUAUAUGACGAACUCACAAUGUAUUACUAUGGCAAACUGGUAGAAUGGAAUGAAAAUUCAAAUAUAACUUCAAAUUACGAAUGCAUACCAGCAAAAAUAAAGAAUAAAAAAUUAGGCCAAUGCAAGGAGGUAAAAAAAUUUCUGGAUUUUGUUUAUAAAAGUGGAGGUCACGAGAAUCGAUGGAGAAAAGAAGAUCACUUGCUAUUUUUGAAAUACAAAGCUCGGUAUAAAAAUAUAGAAGACGUUGCUUUGAAUUUACAUGAUACUUUGCCUGAUAUUAGUAUUGAUGAUAUUAAAUUGCACGAUCAGUGGUAUAAAGAAUAUGUCGAUUUAAAGUUAAAGAAAAAACGAGCAAUUGCUUUAUGGAAACAAGGUAAAAAUAAGAAAAGUAAUAUAGUUAAUAACGUUGAACAUAAUUCAUGUAAUGAAAAGGAAGAUAUUGCAGCAAACACGGGUGAAAACUUAAGAGAAAAAUUACAACAGUGGAAGUUAGAGAAAGAACAAGAGUUGCAAUUAGAAAAAGAAGCUCAACUGAGACGAAUGGCGGAAAAAAUAGAAAAAGAAAGAUUGGAACGAUUGAAACAAUUGGAGAUAAAGCAAAUUGUAAACGAAUGGAAAGAAUCAAAACUAGCUUAUAAGAAAACGGAAGAAUUAUCUAAAAGAAAUCAUGAAGAGUUGGAAAAAAAGAGAAGAGCAAUGGAAGCAAAUAAACUAAUUAAACAAUUUCAGUCCAUGGACGAGCUCCAUAUUUUGAAAAUGAGACAAGCGCAUCAAAAAAACUCGGCUAAGACUAUUCAGAGGGUUCGUUCGGGUCCAGCAAGCUUAAGGGACCCAGAAAGGCUUCUAAAACCCACUGUUGUAUGGGCUCACCGUGUUAAAUCUAUCAACGAACCAUCAGUUACUACGCUAUCUGUUUUAUCUACAUCUAAACUAGCCAUUCCCAACUGGCGAAAAAAUAUUACAUAAUCCAGGAAUCCGAAUACUUGUCAUCCUAUCCUAUGUCAUCAUAUGGUCUAUACUUACAAUUUAAGUUUUAUAUUUUAACUAUAUUAUACUUACAUAUAUUUUUCUCGCAUAUUUUUUUAGAUGUAUACAAUUUUUAAUAUAUUUGUGAAAGUGUGUAAUAGAA